AUGGACCAAUUUGAGCAGCCUCUGGAAGGCAUCUUCCGUGACGGUAUCCCCGCACCGGUGCUGCGCGCCUUCGCCCCGCUCUUUCAAGCGCUCCCCAAUCUGCAGGAGCGCGUCUCCUCCUCUCGCGACUGUUACUACUGGCGCUCCAAUCCGUUGAAGUGCGUGAAGGAGGACACGGACACCGUCUCGGGCUUCAUGCAGGCCGCAGAAGCCUCCUUCCGCCUCUGCCCUCAGCAGUCCGCGACGCUUCUGAAGUGUCACAUGACGGAGCCAGCCCGUGCGGUGUAUUUCUGCCGCGAUGAGGAGUGGGAGUGGCGCAGCUGCUUGAUGGACCAGACAGGUGUGCGCUUCUGGCCCUACGCGAACGCGCCCAUCGGUGCGCCGUGGUCGAACGGCGGCCAGACCGAGGACUUCCACCUGGAGGAUCGCUUCUUCUUCGAGAACUUCUCCUUCUGGCGCCGCCGCGCGUCGAUGAUGGCGGUGCGCGAGCGGGAGUUGGAGGUCGCCGCGCAGCGGAAGCACUGGCUGGAUGAGCAGACAGAUGACACCUCAUUAGCGGCUCCGAAGCCCACCUUAGCGCCAAUCGGCCUGAAUGUGAAGAUUAACUAA